AUAGAACAUUUUUAGUUAGGAAGGUAGCCCGGAAAACAACGCCAUUUUUCGCGCCAAGCCCGUACGUGGUUGUUGCGUCGUUGCGAGGCUCGUGCCGUUGAUUUUGCCAUUGACUAGAACCUUGCUUUGAGCAGGUUUUGCCGCCCUUCAGCGGUUCGUCCAGCAUGGCGCCGAGGACAAAGCUUUUUGUAGGCCACCUGCCAGACGGCCUUCGCACAGAGGAACUUUCAGAGCUCUUCGCCAAGUAUGGCACAGUGACUGAGUGCGAUGUCAUCAAUAAGUAUGGCUUUGUGCACAUGGCCACAGAGGAGCAGGCAGAAGAAGCUCUCAAGAAUUUGAACAACUACAACUUCAUGGGUUCCACACUCUCUGUUGAGCGUUCCACAAGCAAGUUUCACCAAGAGCCUGGAGCACCUGGCAGAGCCAAGGGAGGACCAAGUCGACCACCCUACGGCCAGGGCAUGCAGAGGAACGGCUAUGACGGAAGGCCUUCUGGAGGCUACUACAACGGCGGACCAGGUGGUUAUGCUGACUACCGCCGGGGCGGUGACUUCUAUGACCGGGCCCCAUACAGGGCCAUGGUAGACAGGCCACGUCCCUACCCAGCCCCGUACGAGCGCCGGGACGACCCCUACGCACCACGACGCCCACCCCCGGGACCCCCCUCCAUGGGACCUGACAUGUACGAGCGGAGGCCGGCUCCAGACUAUGCCCUCUACAGCCGCCGGUCGCCUCCCCCUGCCUCAGGGUACAGUUGGGGUGCCGGCUAUGGGUCAUCCGACCGCAUGGGCGGCUACUCCUAUGGCGGCUACUAGGCGCCACUGGUCUCCCCCAAACAGCCUGCCUUACAGGUGUCUCCUACACACACACACUACUGCCACCACUGGGUGUUUUGGUAAGUUUUUGCAAGGCCCUCUCUUGGCCCAACCCCACCUCCUGUUCCAGGAUUGUUCGGUGCGGUGGCUCAACGGCUAUGGCGUUCUGCUGCCAAGCUCGACACACGAUUCCCGGCAGCUGCAGUUCCAUCAGCUAAUACAGAAAAUGCCCGUGUGCUGGCAUUGCAGUGCACGUCAAAACAUCAGCUAGUUAAUGUGGAGCCUACCGCCGAGAGUUUAAGGAAGGUUGGUAAUUGGCAACUUCAAAGGAGGUGCAGUGGCAAAGGUGAAUACAGUAGUGCAGGGAUAAGUGACAGGAAUACUGUUAAUGUGUGCAGAAGUGGAUGGUUGCUUUGCUAAAGAGUAAGAUCUCUGUCUUUGGAGGGAAUGUUUGUGAAUAAAAGGUUUUUGAAGGUAUUCUGUG